AUGGAGGUAUCUAAAUUCCAGGAUUUACCGACCCAAAUUUUGCAAGCUCAUCAAAGGAUAAAUCCGUACAUAAGAAAGACACCAUUGGAAUAUUCUCCUAGUCUAACUAGCCUGGGUAAUGGUAGUGACGUCUUCAUAAAACUUGAAAGUGAACAGAUGACGGGGUCCUUUAAGGUGAGAGGAGCAUUCAAUAAGAUAUUACUAAUAGCAGGAAGGGGUCCCAAGUCAAGACAGAAAGGUUUAAUAACAGCGUCGUCCGGUAACCAUGGCCUCGCUUGUUUGGCAGCCUGUAAAAAAAGUGGAAUACCCCUCAAAGUGUACUGUCAGAAAAACGUGGACAGCGGGAAGAGGAAAACACUAGAGGACCGAGGUGCCACGGUGGUUUUGUAUGGCGAGGACUGCGUGGAUGCUGAAUUGGAGGCACGAAGGGUUGCAAAGCACACUGGCGUUGAGUACAUUUCUCCGUACAAUGACUACGAUAUCAUUGCUGGACAGGGAACCAUAAGUGUUGAGAUUUUAGAACAACUACCGGAAGUUGAUGUCAUUUUAGUGUCAGUUGGGGGUGGUGGACUGAUUGGUGGAAUAGCCAGAUAUGCCAAGCAAGUAAAGCCAACAAUAAAGAUCGUUGGCUGCUCUCCAGAGAAAUCAAAAGUUAUGCACGAAAGCGUGAAAGCGAAGAAAUUGAUAUUUGAGGAAUCGUUCGAUACUUUGUCGGACGGAACGGCAGGUUCUGUAGAGGACAAUUCGGUGACGUUUGAGCUCUGUCGGGAUUAUGUUGAUGAAUGGAUGUUGGUUACAGAGGAACAAAUAGGAAAGGCACUUGUAUAUAUGAUGCAGACUCACCACAAGAUUGUUGAGGGGUCGGCAGGCGUAUCCCUGGGAGCUUUUAUGUCCAACCCAGAAAAGUUCAAAGGCCAGAAGGUUGUGAUCGUAUCUUGUGGGUCAAAUAUUAGUGUUUCGACACUUCAGGACCUGCUAAAUAAAUAUCUCUAG